UCGCAGCAAUGGCAAGAACCAAGCAGACCGCUCGUAAAUCCACCGGUGGUAAAGCCCCGAGGAAGCAGCUCGCUACUAAAGCCGCUCGUAAGAGCGCUCCGGCCACCGGCGGCGUCAAGAAGCCUCACCGCUACCGGCCCGGUACCGUGGCUCUGCGGGAGAUCCGCCGCUAUCAGAAGUCCACCGAACUGCUGAUCCGCAAACUGCCCUUCCAGCGGCUGGUGAGAGAAAUCGCUCAGGACUUCAAGACAGACUUGCGCUUCCAGAGCUCCGCUGUCAUGGCCCUGCAGGAGUCCAGCGAGGCUUACUUGGUCGGUCUGUUCGAGGACACCAACCUGAGUAUCUUGUUAAACAUGUCUGGAAGAGGUAAAGGCGGCAAGGGACUCGGGAAAGGAGGUGCUAAGCGUCACCGUAAAGUUUUACGCGAUAACAUCCAGGGUAUCACCAAACCCGCCAUUCGUCGUUUGGCUCGCCGCGGCGGCGUCAAGCGCAUCUCCGGUCUGAUCUACGAGGAGACCCGCGGAGUGUUGAAGGUGUUUCUGGAGAACGUGAUCCGCGAUGCCGUCACCUACACCGAGCACGCCAAGAGAAAGACCGUCACCGCCAUGGAUGUUGUGUACGCGCUGAAGAGACAGGGACGCACCCUGUACGGCUUCGGGGGUUAAACGACUGAGACCAGGACAAACCACACAAACCCAAAGGCUCUUUUAAGAGCCACACACUCUGACAC